AUGUCUUCAGGCGGCAAAUCAGGUCAGUUAUCAACGAGGCACGAACCUACAUUGAUGUGAAUCACUGAACCCACGUCGUGCUCUCUUCUGGCAAACACAGGAGGCAAGGCCAAGGCCGGAGCUGACUCCAAGACUCAAUCGCGCUCGUCCAAGGCCGGAUUGCAGUUCCCCGUCGGUCGUAUCCAUCGUUUGUUGCGCCGAGGCAACUACGCCCAGCGUGUCGGUGAGUCUUUACAGGCAGAAGCUCUAGAGAGCCAUCGCGUGAUCCAAGGAAGUGAGAUUGACCUCGCCUCACUUCUCUAUCUCUUCCUCUCAGGUGCCGGUGCGCCCGUAUACCUCGCCGCCGUCCUCGAAUACCUGGCCGCCGAGAUCCUCGAGUUGGCUGGUAACGCCGCCCGUGACAACAAGAAGUCGCGUAUUAUCCCCCGUCACUUGCAGCUCGCGAUCCGCAACGACGAGGAGUUGAACCGCCUCCUCGGCGCCGUCGUCAUCUCCCAGGGUGGUGUAUUGCCCAACAUCCACUCGGAGCUCUUGCCCACCAAGCCCAAGAAGCCCGAGAAGGCGGAGUAA